AUGUCUGAGAGUGAAAUGGAGUUGGCUUUGGUGAGUUUCAAGGACAAUGAUAACGACGAUCACCUUGCCGGUCAGCCAAAGCUGCACGAUACCUGCAUGAGCAUCCUGUCGAGAUGGAAGUACCUAUUGGAAGGAGAUGCCCUCACCGACAAACUCCUGAGCCAAGAGGCUGGGCAGCAUCAGCAGGAGAUGGAUACGCUUUUGGAGCAGGAGGACAACCGGAAGGUGAUCAUCAAUGUGGCCGGCCUGAGGUUUGAGACCCACCUGAAGAUCCUGGCCCAGUUUCCAGACACACUUCUGGGAAACUCCGCCCGCUGCCUGCCCUACUUUGACCCCCUGACCAACCAGUACUUCUUCGACAGGAACCGGCCCAGUUUUGACGCUAUCCUGUACUACUACCAGUCGGGGGGCCGGUUGCGGAGACCUGCCAACGUACCCCUGGACGUCUUCACUGACGAGAUCACCUUCUAUCAGCUAGGGCCCGAGGCCAUGGAGCAGUUUAGGGAACAGGAAAGUUUCAUCCGCGAAGCAGAGGCCCAGCUUCCAAGCAAGGAGAACCUCAGGCAGCUUUGGCUGCUGUUCGAGCAUCCGGAGAGCUCAGCUGCAGCCCAGGCUGUGGCCAUGGUCUCCCUUUCAGUCAUCGUAGUGUCCAUCGUCAGCUUCUGCCUGGAAACCCUGCCGGAAUUCCGGGAGGACUCGGAGUCAGCUGCCGCGGGCCUGGGAAGCGGACCGGCCUCCAGCCUCUUUACUGACCCCUUCUUCCUUGUUGAAACAGCAUGCAUGUUGUGGUUUUCCUUUGAGCUGCUGGUGAGGGCUGUGGCUUGUCCCAGCAAAGUGGGCUUCUGCAGGGACACCAUGAACGCCAUUGACGUGGUGUCAAUUGUCCCUUACUUUGUGACCCUGGUCACCGAGGUGGUCCAGCGGCAGCAGGAACAGCGGCUGGGCCGCGGGCAGCACGCCAUGUCACUGACCAUCCUGCGCAUUGUUCGGCUGGUCCGAGUCUUCCGCAUAUUCAAGCUGUCCAGGCACUCCAAGGGCCUGCAGAUCCUCGGGCAGACACUGAAGGCCAGUAUGAGGGAGCUGGGCCUCCUCAUCUUCUUCCUCUUCAUCGGCGUCAUCCUCUUCUCCAGCGCCCUCUACUUCGCUGAAGUUGACGAGCCGCGGACGCAGUUCUCCAGCAUCCCUGAUGCUUUCUGGUGGGCGGUAGUCACAAUGACCACGGUGGGCUAUGGGGACAUGUGCCCCAUCACCAUCGGCGGCAAGGUGGUGGGAUCCCUCUGCGCCAUCGCCGGUGUGCUGACCAUCGCACUGCCCGUGCCCGUCAUCGUCUCCAACUUCAACCAUUUCUACCACCGGGAGAUGGAGAACGAGGAGAGGAAGGAUGUGCCCAGUGUAGCCAAGGGCAAGGAACCAGUCACGGCAAGGCACGUCCUGCGGGAUAAAACCAAAGCGUCGUGA